AUGGCAAAUCUUUCUAAACGUGAAUUUGUUGCGUUGAAUAUAUCAGGCAAAAACUACCUGUCUUGGGUACUUGAUGCUGAAAUUCAUCUUAAUGCUAUAGGUCUGGCAGACACCAUCCAAAAUAAAAAUCAGGCAUCAAAUCAAGACCGCCCCAAGGCAAUGAUAUUCCUUCGUCAUCACCUUGAUGAGGGCUUAAAAUUGGAAUAUCUCACUAUUAAAGAUCCUCUUAUGCUGUGGAAUAAUUUAAAAGAUAGACAUGACCACCUGAAGAUGGUCAUUCUUCCACAAGCACGUUUUGAUUGGAUCCAUUUGAGGCUACAAGAUUUUAAAUCUAACUAUGAGUAUAAUUCCUCAAUGUUUAGAAUUGUAUCUUAG